CCUCCUCCUCUGGGGGCACCGCUCCCAGUGCUUUCGUCGCGUUUCUCCCCGUCCCUACGCCUUCGUUGGAGUAAAGAGCUGCCAAGAGGCCCCCGAUUCUGGUUCCUAGGCCGGGGUGGGGAAAGUCAAGUACGAAGAGAGCACAAAGCUAAGUGGCUGAACUGGUUAUGAAUCCUGGCAGUCUGGCGAGAGCCCACAAUCUCCUUCACUAAAGUAAAUUGCACUUACCAUGAUGGCAAUACCAGCUUUGAAUGUAGAAAGCCAGUGCACUUGACAGAGGUGUGCACUCGGGCAACCCAGGUCUUUUUGCCUUGGUGAGGACAGGUAAGAAACUUGGAGGCUGUGUGUAUAUGGAAUCUCAGACUUCUCUCUAGUCAGUGAUUCCAGAUCUUUGAAUUUGACAGAAGAAACAAAGCAAGAAAACAAAAGCCACGUUCCUACAAAGUUGCAGCUUUAAUUUAUGCACCAUAAGAACACUCAGAACACAACUAUCAUCUAUUAGCACCAUCAUUUCAUAAAAGCAAAUGCAUUUUAAUUCUCAAAAUAAGAAAGACCUCAUCUAAAUCAGAAGCAGUCAUUCCCGAGAAGGGACAGUCAUUGACUUCACACCAACAAGUGGACUUCCCUCUGUGUGUUUUCCACUGUGCUGUGGACUAAUGAAAUAUCACUCUGGGGAUGGCCUCGGCCUCUUCAUCCCUCUGCAUCACUUGAGAGCAGAACCAAAAGAAGUGGGCUUUAGGUGUAGCAGGAAGGAGUUAGGUUAAAGCCAAGAAGGAACACUCCUUCUUUGGAAGCUUUUAAAGAACAGGUGAGCACUGCAUUUGCUUAGGAAACGAGGGUUGCAGAAUCAAGUCCAUGGACUGGAGAGGUCAGCAGCUGUGGUUCCUACCCCAGGGAAGGGCGGGAACCUUGUUCUGAAGGAUCUAUCCUCAGAUCCACUAGGGUAGCCUUGGAACCUAAAGCAGUCCUAUCAGGCAGCCAUUUCCUGCCUGGAGUUCACGGGGCAUGACAGGUGGUUCUAUGGCAGCAGGAGGCCUCCAUGGCCUCUGUUACCCCUCCUUGCAGAGUCCAUGUAGUCACCCACCUUGGGACUGGGUAGAGUGCUACAAAUGAGCUUGAGGAGGGCCAAGGACAGUAGAUAGGAAAGGAAAAGAACAGCCACCUGAGAGUGUUGCCUACAGCCUGGGGUGUGAUGGGUGAAGGCUCUGAGCAGUCAGGCCUGGCUGGCUGCAGCAGCCUUGAGGAUGCUAUUUCCCCAUCUCUCCGCCUCCUUCAAGCCCAGGUGUAGCCCAUGACCUAGAACCUUCCAACAGGAGCUCAAAGCCAGGCAGGUGAAGAUCUAUUCUGGUACAACGAUGCUCCAUGCUGGCUCUGGGCCUGAGCCUGGCUCAGGGCCUGUCACCUCCCUGUUCUGUAUGAGGAGGCGAGGCACAGGUAUGGGGCCAAGUGGGGAAGGGGAGAAAGAAGGGUCCGCUCUCACCUGCCCCAUCCUACUGGGGGAGACCAAGUCCUCCAAAGCUGGACUCUCAUGUUUCUGGGAUGGUGGCAUUUUCUGACUCCACAGGAGGCCUUCAGGCCUCAUCUAAUCCUGUAGGGAUGGGGUGGGGCGGGGUGCCGGGCACUGGGGUGCGGGGCACUGGACUGUGGUACUCCCAGAUUUAGGCCCCCAUCAUGUAAAGGCAUACAUCUACCCAAAUUGUAAUCCUGGAGUUAUAGAAUGGUAAAUGUGGAUCCCCCCCAGGUUGCAAACAGUCACAGAUUGUGACCCAGGCAAGGGCAGUCCCUCCUCCAGGGUCACACUGGUUAAAUGGGCCUGGAGCCCCCAUAACCAGAUUCCUCAAGUCCUCAAAGAAUGACAGAAGUCAUGAUUUGGGCACCUACUAAGUGCAAGACUCUACCGGUUGUUGGAGAUGCAGAGAGAGCUGCCUUCAAGAGCUUCUGGCCAGACAGGUAGAACUUACCCACUACAGGGGAACUACAGUUUCUGGAAGAUGAUGGGUUUGCCUGAGGAUGGCAAGACUUCAUAAAGUGCUCCCCUUGAUGGACGGCGGCCCUGCCUGCAGAAACACCCCGAGGCCCAGCAGUGAAUCUGUGGUGAAGAAAUCAAAGAUGGGAGGCCAGAGAGUGAGAGAAUGAUGUUGCCAAUGGGCACAUCCCAAACACCCCUCCCAGAAACUUCCAAAGGAACGAGCCCAGAAAUCGGGCCUCUGCUGCCCUCUAAUGGAGGAAAUCAGCCUUUAGAGCUGCCUGCUGGGGCCCAACCAACCUGGCUUCCCUAAAGAAGAGGGGAUGGGAAGGACCUUCCUGCCCCACCCCCAGACUUUUUAUUCCCGUAGUCUUGAGCUUCAUUUCCGACAGCCUCUGAAGCUGAAACUUCCCUUCCCAGCACUCCUGGCUGCCCCAUUUCCUGAUCACCGCCCUCCAUCCCGUUUCCCCAGUUUCCUUUGUUGCCCAGGUUCUGAUUCUGGUAUCUUGGUUCCUGGCCCUGCCAGAGUUCUGGUUCCAGAAGGCCCUUGCCAGGUGCCUUGGGCCUAGCUCCCACCCGGGCGCAAGGCCACACUGAAGACAUGGGUAUGAGCAUCCCCCAGUACCUGGGGCAAAUGGACAUCCGAAAAGGUGUAGUGGGCUUGGCCACAGGUGCUGGGUUCAUCUACCUGCUCUACAAGGCCAUCAGGGCUGGUAUCAAAUGCCAGCCGCCCCUCUACACUGCCUCACCCAUCUGCAUCGCCCGUGAGUGUACGGGCCCUGGGGAGAGGGCUCUGCCCCAGGAGGCACCUGCUCCCGAGGCCUCCAGUGUGGGAGGGCCCAAAGGCCUGGCAGUCGAGCGAGAGCGGCACGGGCGGGACUCGGGUGAGCUCCGGAGGCUCCUCAACUCUUUGGAGUACAAACAGGAUGAGUACGCCAAGAGCAUGAUCCUGCACAGUAUCACGCGCUGUGUGUACUUGCUGGAGGCCGAGGCCUCUUCUUGUACUACUGAUGACAUCAGCUUAGUGGGCUCCAUGCUGGAUGACAAGGACAACAGUGUCAAAAUCCAAGCUCUGAACACACUUAAAGCUUUCUCUGGCAUCAGAAAAUUCAGGCUUAAAAUCCAGGAACACACCAUCAAGGUACUGGAACUGAUCUCCACCAUCUGGGAUUCGGAACUGCAUGUUGCCGGCCUCAGACUCCUCAACAGCCUCCCACUGCCUGACUAUGUACAUCCACAGCUGCGACGGGUGAUGCCUGCCUUGAUGGAGAUCCUGCAGUCAGAAUAUAUCCUGGCACAGGUGCAAGCCACACGAUUGCUGAGCUACCUAGCACAGAAGAACGACCUUCUGUAUGAUAUUCUAAACUGCCAGGUGCACUCCAACUUCCUGAACCUGUUUCAGUCCACCCAACCAGGGAGUCUGCUGUUCGAGGUACUGGUGUUUGCUGAGCGGCUAAGUGAGGGCCAGAAUUCACCCCACUACCGUGUCGUGAAGUGGCAUUACAAUGAACAAUCUCUUCAUGAAGCUCUCUUUGGGGAUGAGUCCCGACUGGCAGACCGGCUGCUCGCCCUGGUCAUCCACCCUGAGGAGGAGGUUCAGAUCCAGGCCUGCAAGGUCAUAGUCAGCCUGCAGUGCUCCCAGGAUGUGGGAGUCCAGCCCUCCUCCUGCCGGCCCAGUUAUUCCUACUUUAAUAGUGGGGAAUAAAAUUAAGGAGAGCCAAUAAAUGACUAUGGGAGAAAAGCUUGAAGCAGUUUCUGUCUAGGGUCUUCAAGGGGCUGGGUGUAGAUUUUAUCCAGCAUAAUCCCUACCCAGAGCAUGGUGAAGUAUGGGCGCAUCUCCCAAAACACAUCCCCACUUCCCUGUUUUUGGGGACAGAUUGCCUUCUCCUCUUGCUCUUUUUCAAAUUUGAGUGUGGAGCCAAUGCUUUCAGGGAGUUUCAGAGAGAAGGCAUGUUUGGGAACUGAGACCAAAGAUAAUCAACAGGAGAUGGUAUUGCAUUGGAUUCCUCAGGACGAGCUAGGCUGUGCCACAGUAACAAAUAACCUCCAAAUCUUACUGGUAAAAAAUGACAAGGUUAUUUCUUUAUCAUAGCCCCUAGCAGGUCAGCUGGGGGUGGGGGGACAGGUGUCUUUUCCAAAUCAUCUUCUCUCAGUGCCCAAGGCUGAGAGUGGCUCUUAUUGUGUAUCCUUAACUCCUAGAGAAGGAACAGGGAAUGUGGCAGUGAUCCCUGGCUCUUAAAAGUUACACCAGAAAUGAAGCUCACUACUUCUGCUCACAUUUCACUAGCCAAAGGGGGUAGGGAAGAUGAGUCUUACCAUGUGUCCAAGGAAGAACUGAAAGUAUUUGGUGACAGCAUUAAUGACAGAGACUGCAGGCAUACUGGAAGAGAGAGCUUUGGAAUAAGACUGUCAGGUUCAAAUCCCAGCUCUGUCACUUACUAGCUGUGUGACCUUGGGCAAGCCAUUAACCCUAUUUGGGCCUCAGUGCUCCCUUCACCUGUAAAAUUAAUAUAAUAAUAGUACUUAUGUCAUGAGGCUGUUGGGAGGAUUAUAUGGGGAUUAUAGGAAUUAAUGAAUGUAAGACGCAGUGUUCUGCGUGCAAAGAUCAAAGACUGAGAGAGUGAAAGAUUAACACUGGAGAGGUCCUUAGAGCACCAAGUCUGAUGUUUCUCCAGUCUCUUUGGGUUACAGGCACUGGGGAGUCCCAGAACCCUCUAUGAAGCACCCUGAAAUGCCACUGGAACUUAGCUUUAGAAACCAGAGUGUCUCUGUGAGUAAUAUGAAACCAUAACCGUGAAGUCUCCAGAAACAAGAAGACUGUCAAACAAAAUAUGGUCACCUAUUUUCAGAUUUUCCCAGUUUCACCUAUUUUCAUUGCAUUUCCCACUUGUUCAUUCAUUGUGUUAUCUGUGAGCCCUUGCUGGAAAACAAGCAAUAGUGGUUGCUACUGGUUUAAGAAAACAUUAUGGAGAAAACCCUAAAAUUGGAGCUGUUCCAUCUGCUACUACUUGAUUCGGGAGGAAGAACAUGUUGGCCCAGCUCUGGAACCCUGUUGUUCUUCAGAGGCAGGAUUUAAAAACCACAGUCUAGUCCAAGGCCAACCCUGGCAUUUUGCUGAAGGAAAAAACAAACCCAAAGAGGGAAAGUGACUUGCUCAAGGUUACAUGAUUGGUCUGGGGCCGAAAUAGGGUUAGAACCCCCUAGUCUUGGGCUUUUUGCUUUCCUAUUCCUUGGCCUGGGCCCCAUGGGAGUGGACCAUAGAUUCUAAGCCAGAAUCUGUGGUAGGUGGGAAAGACAG